AUGACUAAUAUAAUCUCAGCAACGGAUCAUGCCGCUAAUCGACCACGUCUAUGCCGUUCGGAUGAGCAGCCUAAUUUACUUGAAUAUAUUGAUACAACACUAAACGAAUCGUUUUCUUUGAAUUUGAACUUAACUCGCACAAUAGCCAAUGGAAUUGAUCAAUACGGCAACACAACUCUCGAUCAAUACCUACUCUAUUUACUUUGUCAGAAAAUUUACCCCAAUAGAUCUGAUUCCAUAACAUACGGUCUCUAUCAACUACUACAUCAACUAUUAGUUUUGAAUGGCAAAGUUUCCAAAGCUUUUCUCGAAUAUUCCCCACCGGUGCACAAUCGAGCAAUUUAUCAAAACACUUUCAAUAGUUACACAAACUUUAUUUGGAAUGAACUCAAUGUCAAUGUUCUAUUAGAACUAGGCAUGUAG